AAUGCCUCAGAGCGGCUCCUCGCCAGCAUCCUGCAGCUCAACCUCACACACGAUAGUGACUUCGGGGUGUUUGCCUGCUGGGUCAGCAACACCACGGCCACCUUCACCCUGCGGCGAGUGGAGGCAGCAGGGCACGUGCCUGCGGUGCUGGCAGCCCUCCUAGUCCUGGCACUCCUGAUCCUUCUGGCUGGGCUCUAUGUCCGAUGUCGCCUGAGCGUCCUCCUCUGGUACCGGAACCGCUACGGCGAGCUGGAGAUCAACGACGGGAAGCUGUACGACGCCUUCGUCUCCCACGCCACCGCCCCGGAUGACCGAAAGUUUGUCCACUUCAUCGUGAAGCCACAGCUGGAGAACCGCUACGGCUACAAGCUCUUCCUGGAUGAGCAAACCAUCCUGCCCAACUCAGAGCCAUCAGCCGACCUGAUCAUGAACGUGAGCCGGUGCCGGCGUCUCAUCGUGGUCCUCUCCAUCGCGUACCUGGAGCAAGACUGGUGCAACAGCUCUCACAGGGAAGGGCUCUGGAGGCUGCUGGAGCUUUCCAAGAAACCCAUCUUCAUCGUCUUUGAGAGCCAGUACCGGGAGAUCGCCCACCCUGCCAUCAGCCUGCUGAAGCAGCACCGGAGCGCCGUGACCUUGCUGGUGUGGCGAGCUGGCUCCAUG